AUGAUGGAUUGCCAUGCUCAUUUAGGCGAAUUUCAUGAUAGAAUUGAGCAAGUUAUUGCUGAUGCGAAAGCAGAAGGUGUCGCUGGUGUCAUUGUCGUUCCAGAAUACGGAAAUAAUUUUGAAAGGAACAUGAAGAUGUGCGAUGAACACCCAGACUUUCUCUUCCCUGCUCUUGGUCUGCAUCCUAUUCAAGGAUCAUAUGCCGUCCCGGAAGAGUCUUCUGCUUGCAGCUUAUCAGAAUAUGAUCAAUACAAGGCGACAAUUGAAAAGUACAUCGAUCGAGUUGUUUGUAUUGGUGAAUGUGGACUUGAUUUUACUCCGAAAUUUAUCAGAACACCAGAUGAUAAAGAGCUGCAACUAGCGGCGUUUCGAGCUCAUAUCGAACUCGCUAAAAAGUACUCGCUGCCGCUGAACGUUCAUUCUCGAUCAGCUGCUCCACAGAUAUUCACACUUCUUGAUGAAUACGAGUACUACGAUGUUCUCAUGCAUGCUUACGGCGGAAAAGCCAAAAGAGCCGCUCUUUAUGCUAAGAAAGGCGUUUACUUCAGUGUUCCCAACACAGCUGCUAAAGAAGACAGUCAAAUGAGAAAUCUCAUCAAACUUGUUCCGAUUGAAAAUCUCAUUCUUGAAACAGAUUCACCCGCGUUAUCACUUAUUCCUGGGACUGAAAACCAACCCAAGAACCUCAUCAUUAGUGCGAAAGUUAUUUCUGAAAAUCAAAAAUAUCGCGAUCUCGUUGGUCUGACAUGCUUCCAAUACAUAAAAAGCUACGAUCAUCCUAGCUUCAGUGGUCCGAAGCUUGAACACUCCGAGGUCACAGACCGAUCGCACUCAAUCUAUUUCGUCGAGAACGGAAAUAUUGAGCCGGACGUGACGAUUCACAUUGCGCAGGAUCUUAAGUCGGCUGCGUUUGAUUUAAAAUCAUUGGCGGAGGAUAAAAUUAAUGGGAGAAUGACUCUUGCCAAUAUGGGCUUAGCGAUUGUAGAAAACUGUAUUGCGGAGAGAGCGAAAGUCGGAAAAGCACGAGUUAUUUUGAGUGAGAUACAAAUGUCUCGCUCUACUUGCCAAGAUGUCGUCGUUCCCAUCGAUACAGAAUCAACCGCUGACGAUGUUCUCCAAGCAGCAAAAAGGACCUUCGACGAGCACGGCCUUCAAAAGCUUCGCACGAAUCAAUCCUUCGUGCUCAAGAAAGACAACGUGAUUCUAGCGCCGACGAUCGCUAUUCUUGAAUUCCUGCAGCACAACUGUAGAAACCCACAAAUCCCUGACCCAGUGUACACUAUCAAUCUCUGCGUACAAACCGUUGAGCCUCCUCCCAAGCCGCCGACGUUUACAGAAGAGCAGUGUUCCUUCACUGUCAAAAUCAUUCCAAGCGUGAUGCAAAGCUUCAAGCUCGGAAAGAAAUUCCAGAUCGCUCAAGACUUCACGAUUACUUUCGGUAACGAUUGUAUCACGAUUGCCACUGGUAAGCCGAAAGCGAGCUUCAAAAAUAAAAUGACGCCGACGAAACUGUUCGCUGGCAUUCCCUCAGUGAUUCCCUACAGUAAGAUGUCCGACUUUACGAUCACGCCACAGAAGAACGAAAGAAGUCAACUGACCGUAGCGUACAAAUCUGAUGCAGCAUUCGAGAAACUCGUGAUCAGAGCUCCCACCGACAUCGGUCGACGGAUGCAGUACUUUUUCGAGAAAAACGACAUUCAACUUCAGUCAGCGUCGCCGAGUCUCGCCUCUUCGCGACAAAAGGGGCGCAGAAAAUCCGUCUUCUUUUGA